UUCGUCCCGAACUCCCGCAGGCACUGCUCCUCGGGAGCCCUUCCCAACGAGAGGAUCCGCAACAUCGGCAUCUCGGCCCACAUCGACUCGGGGAAGACGACGCUGACGGAGCGCAUCCUCUUCUACACGGGCCGGAUCACACAGAUGCACGAGGUGAAAGGUAAGGAUGGAGUUGGAGCUGUCAUGGAUUCAAUGGAGCUGGAGCGACAGCGUGGAAUCACAAUUCAGUCUGCAGCAACGUACACCAUGUGGAAGGACACCAACAUCAACAUCAUAGACACACCAGGACAUGUGGACUUCACAAUUGAAGUGGAGCGAUCUUUGAGAGUGCUUGAUGGAGCUGUUCUGGUUCUCUGUGCUGUCGGAGGAGUUCAGUGCCAGACCAUAACCGUGAACAGGCAGAUGAAACGUUAUGGCGUGCCAUUUUUAACGUUCAUCAACAAACUGGACAGGCUGGGCUCUAGCCCAACCAGAGCGGUACAACAGUUGAGAUCCAAGUUGAAACACAAUGCAGCUUUUGUUCAGAUUCCAAUUGGGCUGGAGGGAAACUUUAAAGGAGUUAUAGACCUUAUUGAAGAAAAAGCGAUAUAUUUUGAUGGGGCACUUGGCCAGACUCUUCGGUAUGAUGAAAUUCCAGCUGAGUUUAGAGCUGAGGCUGCAGAGAGACGUCGGGAGUUGAUCGAAUGUGUUGCUAACUCGGAUGAUCAGCUUGGGGAGCUGUUCUUGGAAGAAAAGAUUCCUACAGCUGCUGAGUUAAAGCUUGCCAUCAGAAGAGCAACACUGAAGAAGUCCUUUACCCCAGUGCUUGUGGGAAGUGCUUUAAAGAACAAAGGGGUACAGCCAUUGCUGGAUGCUGUCCUGGAAUACCUCCCCAAUCCCUCAGAGGUUGAAAACUAUGCUAUUCUUAACCAGGGGGAUUCUGAGGACAAAACCAAGUUCCUAUUGAACUCAGCUCGAGACGAUUCCCAGCCUUUCGUAGGCCUUGCUUUUAAACUGGAGGCUGGCCGGUUUGGGCAAUUAACCUACGUUCGAGUUUAUCAGGGGAUGCUGAAGAAAUCUGAUUAUAUCUACAACACCAGGACUGGGAAGAGAGUGCGCGUGCAAAGACUCGUCCGGAUGCACUCAGACAACAUGGAGGAUGUAAAUGAAGUUUAUGCCGGAGACAUAUGUGCAUUGUUUGGAAUUGAUUGUGCCAGUGGGGAUACAUUCACUGAUAAAACGAGUACUGACAUUUCCAUGGAAUCGAUUCACGUCCCUGAUCCUGUCAUUUCCGUAGCUAUGAAGCCUUCCAACAAGAAUGACUUUGAUAAAUUUUCCAAAGGCCUGAACCGUUUUACAAGGGAAGAUCCCACUUUCAGAACCCAUUUUGAUGAUGAGAGCAAAGAGACCAUUGUUUCGGGAAUGGGGGAGCUGCACUUGGAAAUCUAUUCCCAGCGAAUGGAAAGGGAGUAUGGUUGCCCUUGCACCAUGGGAAAGCCAAAAGUUGCCUUUAGAGAGAACAUCUCCACACCCGUGCCGUAA